AUGAGAACAGUCUCACCAGAAACUUCUCUAAGCCCGUCAACCAUCCCGGCCUCGUCACCAAUCGACACUGAACUCGCCAAUGAGAAAGGCCAAAAUGAAAUCUCCUUGACCGACGAACCUGAUCGGGCCAUAGACCAACAGGACCCCGAGAGCCUCACCCGUCAGCCCAGCGGCCCAGCCUUCAGCGUCUUCUCGCCCUCCACGAAGCGAUGGGUUGCCUUCAUGGCCUCCGUCGCCUGCUUCGUCCCGCCAAUGUCCGCAAACAUCUACUACCCGGUCCUGGCCCCCAUCGCAGACGACCUCCACGUCUCCGUCGCCCUCGUCAACCUUACCGUCACCUCCUAUAUGAUCCUCCAGGCCAUCUCCCCGACCGUCUUUGGCGACUUUGGCGACAUGGCCGGCCGCCGCCCGGCCUUCCUCGUCGCCUUCAGCAUCUACCUCGUCGCCUGCGUGGGGCUGGCGCUGCAGCGCAACUACGCUGCCCUCCUCGUUCUGCGCAUGCUGCAGAGCGGCGGGAGCAGCGGCGCCAUCGCGCUGGGGUUCGCCAUGGUCGCCGACAUCUCUGUGAGCUCUGAGCGGGGGAAGUACAUGGGCAUCGUCGGCGCCGGCAUCACCGUCGGUCCCACUAUCGGCCCCGUCUUGGGGGGCGUCCUGACACAGUUCUUUGGCUGGUCCUCCAUCUUUUGGUUCUGCGUCGUGCUUAUUAGCCUGUGGCUCGUCCCAUAUGCCUUCUUUGUCCCAGAGACCUGCCGUAACGUCGUGGGUAACGGCUCCAUUCCCGCUCAGUCAUGGAACCGGCCCGUGAUCGACCUCAUCCGCCGCCGCCGUCGUAGCCGCAGACUCCGAGACGCCGGCGAUCUCUCUCGAACAGAAUCCGCAACAACAGCACACGCUCCUCACCGCAAACUCCGUUUUCCCAACCCCAUCCGCUCCGUCAAAAUCAUCUUUGAAAAAGAAAUGGCUCUCGUCCUCGCCUACAACAGCCUCCUCUACGUAGCCUUCAUCUGCGUAGCCGCGACCCUCGGCACCCUCUUCCGCGAAAUCUACGGCUUCAACGACCUCGAGCUCGGCCUUUGCUACCUGCCCUACGGCGCGGGCUGCGUCGUCGCCACCCUGGGGCAAGGGUAUGUCCUGGACUGGAACUACCGCCGCAUCGCCCGGAACAUCGGCUUCACCAUCGACCGCCGCCGCGGCGACGACCUCGGCAAGUACCCCAUCGAAAAGGCCCGCCUGCAGCCCGUCUACCCUGCCGUCGCUGUCGGCCUCGUCGCGCUGACGGCGUACGGGUGGGUGCUGCACUUUGAGGUGGGCGGCGUCGCUACCCCGCUGGUGCUGCAGGGCGUCAUCGGGUUGACCAUCACGGGCUCGUUCAGCGUCAUGAAUACCCUGAUUGUGGACCUGUUUCCGGACGCGCCUGCGACGGCUACGGCGGCGAACAACCUGGUACGGUGCGCCCUAGGCGCCGUCGGCACGGCUGUGAUCGAAUACAUGAUUAGCGGUAUGGGGAGGGGGUGGUCGUUUACGUUCUUGGCUGCGUUGUGUGCGGUCUUGAGCCCGAUGUUGUUUUUGAUAGCGAAGAAGGGUCCCAGGUGGAGGAAUGAGAGACGGAUGAGGGAAGAAGCAUCAUGA